AAACACGAACCGACGCUACAAGCUCCGCUACCGAUUUCUCGUCGCAAUUCUACGUAUUUUCGGUAUUUUAACUAUUUUAUAUACGUGUUUCAUGUGGAUUCCAAGGAGCCUGUACUAUUAAAAAAAUAGAUUGAUUCGCAAAAAUGUCUAACGAGAGCAAUGCACAGACGUGCGAACUUCUAGGCAAUGAAAUAAAAGCGUUACAAUCACAAUGCAAGGAGUUAUGUUACAUUAUCGACAACAACGAACCUAUGGACAUAAGGACCAUUAAUUCCCAUAAUGUCAACGAAAAGAAGUUGUGUAGCAUUGAAAGUCUGGCUAAACACAUCCAAAACGAAGAAACACCAAUUAUUACUGAUAGUAAUGUGAACACCAGUACAUUUUUGAGUGAAAUAAAAGAUAAAAUAAUCCAAGUAGAAGAGCUUACAGCAUUUACAGCGGGUACAGUACAAGACGUGUGCAAUGAGAAUAAGAGAUUAAAUGAAUGCAUCAAGUUAGUCCAGGAGGCCAAGUCACGGCCAUGGGCAGGCCGGCGCCAAGUACAACCAGAGCAUCUGCAGCGAGCCAAGCAACGCUUCCGUACCAUGAAGACGGAGCUGCAUGGUCUCAUACAUUCACUCUUCCCUGGUGAUUCUGAUGCCAUUACAGGAGUUUUAGCAGAACUGAUGAAAGAAAGAAUGGAUGAGACUUCCAGUGGCUAUAUCCAAGUGACCCCUGAGAACUUUCACCUGAUUGAACUGCUUAAAGAUAAGAAUAUAACUUCUGCCAACCCUUACAACAAGAUGGAAGUUAAAUUAGCUUUUUAGACUUACAAAUUUGAGUAUAGAUUAUUAUACUUCAUUGCAUUAAUAGAAUAGCAUUUAAGAAACAUAUAUGACUGCAAAAAGCUAUAUAGCUAUCAAGCCUUAAGCAUUGAUGGCUAGUGAUUAAGUUCUAUACCAUGAGAGUGCUUGCCUAUGUGUAGGAACUUAAAAAAAUUGAUUGA